AUGAAUUGGUUUGGAAAUUACUUCUCUAAAUUUCCUGAGGAUGCUUCCUUACUCAGCCUACACUCACCUCUGUUGCUUUCACUCAUCUCUUCUGAAGAUGAACAUUUUCUUUCCAGUGUGAGGAGCCAUGCGCCAGCCCAGGCUGUGGUGAAGCAGCCUGACCGGGGAGGCCCUGGCAGGACCACCAUCGCAGCGAUCGUCCAGACUGGGGGAGACUGGAGCACCGGCCUCUUCAGUGUUUGCCGAGACAGGAGAAUCUGUUUCUGUGGUCUGUUUUGUCCAAUGUGCCUUGAGUGUGACAUCGCCAGGCAUCAUGGAGAGUGCCUUUGUUGGCCAUUGUUACCCGGGUCCACCUUUGCACUGAGAAUUGGCACCAGAGAGAGACAUAAAAUACGGGGCACGCUGUGUGAGGACUGGCUCGCCGUGCACUGCUGUUGGCCCUUCUCCAUCUGCCAGGUGGCCCGGGAGCUCAAGAUGAGGGCCUCCCGACUCUACGAAAUCUACACGGCUCCUUCAACCAAGGACAACCUUAUCUGA